UUAGUGGGAGUGUUCACAAGUUAGAAGCUGCUGCCAGCAGUCAGACACGCUGUCAUAUUCAAACAGAGUUCAGGGACGGUUUCAGUGCUGCCCUCUGACCCACCAUGAAGCUGCGUGUGAUCGUUACACUGUGUGCUCUGUUCAUCAUCACCCAACAGGUAUUUUCACAAGAUAAGUGUACGUGUGAGUUGACUAAUUCAGAGAAGGCAUUCCCUCAUGACAAACUCAGCACAGUGGAGGACAAUGCAUCAAAAUGCAACAGCAACAUCACCCCACAGAAGACUCUGGAGCUGGAGAGUCUGCUGCUGGGUUUGGAGCGACGUCUGCCCCAGCUGCAGGAAGAUGUGUCGAUGCUGGAGAGGGAGGAUGACGGAGACCUCUACGCAGUUCUCAGCCUGUAUGUGAUAGAGAAUGAACUGAUGGAGAUCAAGCAGCUCAUUGACAGGCUCAACAGCACCACCAAGGCACACCAGGGUCUGACUGCUGACACCACUAAACAGCUCGAGGACCUUAGUGCAGAGAUGCAGGAGCUACAGACAUAUGACACCAUGCAGGUGGUGAAGAGACUAGAAGACAACCACCGUCUUAAGAGAGACCUGGACCAGUGCAAGAAUGGAUUUCACCCCACCAUCCAACCCACUCAACCUCCACACAGUAAAUGUCCCCACGGUGAAUUUCAGAACAUUACUGGCCCGAGGGUGUACACAGCAGGAGAGUACCCUGGCUCCUACAAGUAUGGAGCCUGGGGUCGGGAUCCCAAACCAGAGGCGGGGAAGGAGAGCUGGUAUUGGCUGGUAAUGUUGACCUCCAGCAACAGAUAUGCCAACUACAUCCGCCUCUACUCUAGCCUGAGCUCUCUCAUUGUUGGGUUAAGCAUUCCAGGUAAAGAACUCUUGUGUUCUAGUUUGAGUGUUAAUGUUAGAAAUGUACAACCUUUCAGCUCAGUGUGCAGGUUUUUUUAUUUGGUUGUCUAGUAAUAGUCGAAGAUUCAAUGCUUCGAUAGAAAGAGCCUGAUUCGUUUGCCAAUCUCACAGUUGAAUCUUCGCAGAGGAGUUAUGAAACUAAGAUCAUUCCAUUUUGGCUAUAUGGGGGAAGCUCAACAUCUGAUUUUACAUAGAACUACCGGUUUUCUCCCACUAAGAUAAAAUAAUGCCUAUUAUGAUAAAAAUAUCAACAUGUGAAGCUGUAAAAAAAGAUGUAAAAAGA